CUUUACUUGAUUCAAUUCUUAUCGAGAUCGAGAUCGAGAUCGAGAGAGAGAGAUGGCGGUGGCGGGCCUCUACCGGCGAAUCCUCCCGUCGCCACCGGCGAUUGAGUUCGCAUCCUCCGAGGGAAAGCAACUCUUUGCUGAGGCCCUGCAAAGUGGAACUAUGGAAGGGUUUUUUAGAUUAAUUUCAUACUUUCAGACACAAUCAGAGCCUGCAUAUUGUGGAUUGGCUAGUCUUUCUGUUGUCCUGAAUGCUCUUGCUAUUGAUCCAGGGAGGAAGUGGAAAGGUCCUUGGAGAUGGUUUGAUGAGUCCAUGUUGGACUGCUGUGAGCCAUUGGAGAGAGUCAAAGCUGAAGGCAUUACAUUUGGGAAAGUUGCAUGCUUGGCUCAUUGUGCAGGUGCUAAAGUUGAGGCUUUUCACACAACUCAAAGCAACAUUGAUGACUUCCGUAGUCACAUUAAGAAAUGUGCAACCUCUGAGGAUUGUCAUCUGAUUGCAUCAUACCAUCGGAAGCCUUUCAAACAGACAGGAACUGGCCAUUUUUCACCAAUUGGUGGUUAUCAUGCUGGAAGAGACAUGGCACUUAUUUUGGAUGUUGCUCGCUUCAAAUAUCCUCCCCACUGGGUUCCAGUUUCACUUCUUUGGGAAGCCAUGGAUACUGUUGAUGGAGCAACCGGACAACCCAGAGGAUUCAUGCUUAUUUCAAGGCUCCAAGCACCACCCUUGCUGUACACACUGAGCUGUAAACAUGAAAGCUGGGCCAGCACAGCCAAGUUUUUGACCGUAGAUGUUCCUAUCUUACUGAAAUCAGAUGAUCUGAAGACUGUUCCUGAAGUUCUUUCUGUGAUAUUUCAAUCUCUACCUGCACAUGCUGGAGAUUUCAUCAAGUGGAUCGCAGAAGUUAGAAGGCAAGAUGAAGAUGGAUCAAGUUUAAGCAAUGAGGAGAAAGCAAGAAUUGCUGCUAAGGAAGAGGUCCUUAAACAAGUUCAUGAGACAAAACUAUUCAAUUAUGUGACAGACUGGUUAUCUUCAGCAAGGUUACAGUUUGAAAACUUGCCAACUUUCGUCGAUAAAGAUUCAUUAACCGAGAUUGCAGCCAAUGUCUGUUGCCAAGGUGCUGAGAUAUUAACCGGGUGUCACAGAGCAAAAGCUGGGUUUUACUGUAAGAAAACAUGUGUGACAUGCUUGAAAUCAAACGGAGAUAAUACGACGGCUAUUAUCUCAGGUACAGUCAUAUCAGGUCACAACGAGCAAGGUGUCGAUGUUCUGCUUCCUUCAUCUCCAAAAAAAAAAACUGGUCAAUGCACUUCAUGUCCAGCUAAUGUUAUUGUAACACAUCCAGCAAGCAAUGAUAUUCUGACUGUUCUAUUGUUAGCCUUACCACCUCAAACUUGGACUGGACUGAAGGAUCAGAAACUUUCAUCUGAAAUCCAAGCUAUUGUCUCAGAUGAGAAUCUUCUGGUUGUUCUUCGAGAAGAGGUUGUUCUUUUGAGGCGACAACUUCAUUUCUUGAAGGGAUGUAAAGAUAAUGAGGUUGAGAAUGUUUGUCAAAUGCCUUGAAUUCCUCUUUAUAUUGAUUGAAUAAAGAACUCAAAAGAACACAACAGAUGAGUAUGAUGAAUACAAAACAAAAGUUGAGUUUAAAGUUAAAAAGAGUUUCAAACUACUUGUAUUAUAUUUGUAUAACCCUUAGACAGGGAGUGUGAACAAUCUGAAAUAUUUAAAAGAAUAUGCUAAUUUUAUUACUUAUUA